AUGGCGCAGUGCGUGCGUCGGCUGGUGCUGGCGGCGCCCCUCGCCGCUGUGGUGGCGCUGCUGCUGUGCACGAGCAGUGCACCGGUGGCGCGUGCUGCGGGGACGAGCGACCUCACUGGUGCGCAGCAGAAGAACACGCUGACGGUGCUGCAGGCGUUUGCGCGUGCGAUCCCUGCGCUUGGGAGCACGUGGACGGGCAGCGACUUCUGCUCGUGGGACUCGGUCAGGUGCACGUCAACGAUGGUCAACGUAUGGCUCAGAAUUGCGACGUAUACCGGCACGCUGCCGGAGAUGCCUGCGGGCGUGGACUACGGUAACGUGAUUCUUAGCAUGCUAGACUUUUGGAAUAUGCCAAAGCUGAGCGGGACGUUGCCGGCCAGCUGGCUCAAGCUCGAACUGUUGACUUCGCUCACGUUUUCGGGCUGCGGCGUGAGCGGCACGCUGCCGCCUCAGUGGAGCUCGAUGAAAUCGCUGACGUCACUGACGGUGGAGAAGUCGAAUGGCAUCACCGGCGCACUGCCGCCCGAGUGGAGCUCAAUGCUUAAGCUAAGGACGCUGAUGCUGAGGCAACUUCAGCUCAGGAGUACUCUGCCGGCUGACUGGGGUGGGAUGACAUCAUUGUCGACGCUGGGGAUCAUCGCUGCAGGUAGUAUCACCGGCACACUGCCUGCGGUUUGGAGCUCGAUGAGGUCACUAACGAGUCUGUCCCUUGACGAUUUGUCGCUUAGCGGCUCCCUGCCCGCGGUGUGGAGCAUACUGGUGAGAGUGAGGGAGUUUUCUUUCCGGGAAGCGCCGUUGACCGGCACCCUCCCGCCUCAGUGGGAAUCGAUAAAGGGGUUGACCAUUGUAAUUCUGCGCGGCACCCGAAUCUCCGGCACGCUGCCGCCCGAGUGGAGCGCAAUGACAUCGCUGGUCAGCUUCAAUAUGGAGGACACUAAGGUCUCCGGCAGUCUGCCGCCUCAGUGGAGCUCGAUGACGAAGUUGCAGCAGGUGCUGCUGGCCGAGACGGCGGUGUCCGGCACACUUCCUGCAGCGUGGAGUGCGCUGAAGUCGCUCAACACACUUCACCUGUCCGGUACUCAGGUCUCUGGCACGCUGCCGCCCGAGUGGAGUGGGAUGACAUCGCUGUCAUUUCUUUAUCUGGAGGGCACUAGGGUGUCCGGCAGUCUGCCGCCCACGUGGAGUGGGAUGACAAACGCCCAGCUUUUGCAGCUGGAGAACUGCGAUCUGUCCGGCAGUCUGCCCCCCUCGUGGUCUUCGAUGCCGAAGCUGCAGAAAGUGUCACUGAGCGGGAACCACUUCUGCGGGUGUGUGCCCGACUCGUGGACGGCGAAGGAGCGCCUCGAUGUGACCAUCGAGGAAUGGCACAAGGGCGAGGACUGCAAGCUUGCUAACGCCUGCCGCCCGACUACUGCUCCGCAAACAACCACGACGACCACGCCCACGACCACCACGACCACGACCACCACGACUAACCCGCCCACCACGACGACCACGACUAACCCGCCCACCACGACGACCACGACUAACCCGCCCACCACGACGACCACGACUAACCCGCCCACCACGACGACCACGACUAACCCGCCCACCACGAGUACCACGACUAAACCGCCCACCACGACGACCACGACUAACCCGCCCACCACGAGUACCACGACUAACCCGCCCACCACGACGACCACGACUAACCCGCCCACCACGACGACCACGACUAACCCGCCCACCACGAGUACCACGACUAACCCGCCCACCACGACGACCACGACUAACCCGCCCACCACGAGUACCACGACUAAACCGCCCACCACGACGACCACGACUAACCCGCCCACCACGAGUACCACGACUAACCCGCCCACCACGACGACCACGACUAACCCGCCCACCACGACGACCACGACUAACCCGCCCACCACGAGUACCACGACUAAACCGCCCACCACGACGACCACGACUAACCCGCCCACCACGAGUACCACGACUAACCCGCCCACCACGACGACCACGACUAACCCGCCCACCACGACGACCACGACUAACCCGCCCACCACGAGUACCACGACUAACCCGCCCACCAAGACGACCACGACUAACCCGCCCACCACGACGACCACGACUAACC